AUGACGCCCUACGAUGCGUUCGAACAGCGGGACAAUUCCCAGCAAGCAAGCAGAAGCAACACUGAAGUGCCAGAUCGAACUACCGGUUGUAUAGAUUUUUCGAUCUGGCACUACCGGUUGUAUAGAUUACUUCUCAAGAGUAUACUCACAAAUCACAUGGGUACCAAGCCUGAGUCGAUGUAUCCCCCAGAGUACCAAACGCCAUCAGACUGGUCAGAGACCGGCAAAAAUGCCUUCGAGAGAAUCACGAAACCUGCCUACGCCAUUUUGUUCUGUACUUCUGAUGAUCAACUUAGCGAUUAUCCUACUCAGCCAAGAACGCUCCUUGUUUUGGAAUCAAAGCAACUGCCUCUCUGA